AUGAACGCGACCUCGAACCUAGGAACCAGUGAUGACUCAGAAAUCGGAAAUGUGAAAGCUAUAGACAUUCUCUUGUGUUUUGUAGCGUGUCUACUUACCGUCUUCGUCUGUACCGGUAAUAUUUUGACCAUCUUCGCCAUCAUCUACACGCCAUCUUUAAGAACCUUAGCCAAUAUUUACGUUGUCAGUUUGGCCGCGGCAGAUUUCGUUGUUGGCCUGACAUUUAUUCUCCUGGCCUUGUUUUUGGUGCCAACGACACGAGUGACCAUAUUCUUUCGGUUCAUCAACGUGUGCGUUCUCAUGUAUGGCUCAACAAUCGGUAUGACCGCUGUAUCUGCCAUCCACAUGAUGAUGAUCUCGGUCGACCGCUAUCUCUACAUUUCCCGCCCUUACUUCUACCAGCGCGCCAUCUCCAGCAAAGUCGUGAUUGGUUGCGUCUGUUCCGCUUGGACAUUUGGAAUCUUCUACAGCAUCCUGCCUCACUUCAUCCACAAACCGUACCCAUCAACUCCAAUCUGUGAUGUUACACAACUCAUGCCUAUACAAUACUUAUUUUACGCUACAGCUUCUUUAUAUUGGACGUUGGUUGUUGUUAUUGUUGUUAUGUAUUCUCUUAUCCUACACACGGCACUCAAACAUCGCAAAGCCAUCCACUCGGCCGGAUCCAACGGUUCCCAGAAUGGAGGUGAGAAGUUGCGCUUUUGGGAGCGGAGAGUCUUCAGGAAAAGCACAGUCAAAAGUAUCAAGUUCUUCCUGACCGUCUUCGGUGUGUUCUUCAUCUGCCUCACCCCAAUUCUCAUAUGUAUGGGCGUCGACUACUUUAUCAAUAUCCCGCCUGACAUCUACCGCAUGUGCAACCUACUGGCCCUCACCAACUCCGGCAUGAACUUCAUCAUCUACGGCGUCCUGAACCGGGAGUUUCGCUACGCUUUCUUCAAGAUGCUGCGGUUGAAACCAAGUGCGCAGGGUUCUCAGAAUCCGGUGUUUUCUAAUGCACAGUCUAUAGACUACACCGCCACACACUUUUGA